ACGUUCUUAGGAGCCUCAAUCGUAAAUGUUUUUGAUUAAAAGUAUUGGUGGAAAUUAAAACUAAGCUUGUAUCUUAAAGAAAAACACCGUGCUUAAAUGGGUGGCUGCGUACGACAGUUUUCAUGUGUUUUUAAGUGCAAUUCAAUAAUUUUCCUCGAAGUUGUGUUCAAAAUUUAUUAUUGCCGUUGCUUUCGUUUGGAUAUAUAAGAUAGUUAACAUACAUUUUAAACACUACCAGUUCAAUUCAUAGAUAUUUAGACCGUCCUCAUUACAUUCGUGCUAAUGGAUGAUUCUGUGAUUUCCCCAGGGAAUAAAAUAGAUAACUCGGCAUCGGAGAGCGAUUCCAGUUCUCUCGAUGGCGGGGCGAUGUUACCUCCUACCACGGUUUCUCGUGAUCAGUUACAAAAAAGAAUUGAAUCUCUUCAACAGCAAAACAGGGUCUUAAAAGUGGAGCUGGACACAUAUAAGCUCAGAGUGAAGGCCCUGCAGGAGGAAAAUCGCGCACUGAGACAAGCUUCUGUAUCAAUACAAGCAAAGGCUGAACAAGAGGAAGAAUAUAUUUCCAACACACUAUUGAAAAAAAUUCAAGCCUUGAAGAAGGAGAAGGAAACAUUAGCACAUCACUAUGAAAGGGAAGAGGAGUGUCUCACAAAUGAUCUGUCCAGAAAAUUAAUUCAGUUACGUCAGGAAAAAUGUCGCCUCGAACAGACAUUGGAGCAAGAGCAGGAAUGCUUAGUGAACAAACUCAUGAGGAAAAUUGAGAAGCUUGAGGCUGAGACUCUGGCUAAACAGACUAAUCUCGAAAGACUCCGCAGGGAAAAGGUGGAAUUGGAAAACACGUUGGAGCAAGAGCAGGAAGCGCUCGUGAACAGGCUGUGGAAACGCAUGGACAAACUGGAGGCUGAGAAACGUUCCCUGCAGAUCCGCCUCGACCAGCCAGUCUCCGAUCCUGCUAGUCCAAGAGACAUUAGCAACGGUGAUACUGCGUCGAAUCUUAGCAAUCAUAUUCAAACAUUACGUUCGGAGGUUGUCAAAUUAAGGAAUCAAUUAGCCGUGUCUCAAAAUGAAAACAAAGAGAAGAUGCAUCGCUUUGCCUUAGAGGAGAAACACAUUCGGGAGGAAAACGUUCGCCUACAACGAAAACUUCAGCAGGAGGUUGAGCGCCGCGAAGCUUUAUGCCGCCAUCUUUCUGAGAGCGAAUCUUCAUUGGAAAUGGAGGAGGAGCGCCAAUUUAACGAAGCGUUAAGUGCCCGGUCUCGCAGCGUGUCGUCCCCAGGCGGGUCGCGGCCGCUGUCGCCGUACGCCUCGCCGCUGCUGCCCGGAGCCGGUCACAGGCCCGCUAUGCAUUUCAACUCGCAGCCGCGGCGGCCCAACGAGCGCUUCGUGAAGCCAGCGCCCCCGUCGCUGGCGCUGCCGCGCCUGGAGCCCCCGCCCCCGCCCGCGCCCCUCGCGCCUCCCGCCCCCGCGCCGCUCGCCUCCCCAACCCUGCAGCCCGCCAGCCCCAUGGACACCUCCUCGAAAGACUAA